CAAACCAAGUCCCAAACCAUUCGAAAUGGACAGUUCGAACAAUUCGGUAAUGUGCCUGAUCAAGCGCGCUGAGAGUUUGUCCGGCGUUUUUGGCGAACUGCUGAAGCAGACAAACGAUCUGCUCGCGGAGAGCCAUCACGUCGACCAGGUGAUGAUCAACUGUUGCAAGUUCCGAGACGAUCAGCUGCUCAAGCAUCUGGUGGAGCACAUAACCGACCAGGAUCAAUUGCAGCUGUUGCGCGAGAACGCCGAACUCAAGAGCACCGUGGACGAGUAUCAGGCCGGUAUCGAGAAGAUCAUGUCCAAGUACAAGGAGCAUUGUAACAGUGACGUGCUCAACGAGACGUACAGUCUACGCGAGAAGUACAUUAAUCAGCUGGAAUCCAUUGUGCGCUGCCAGGACGAGCGCAUUGAGCACAUGGCCAAGGUCAUGAAGAUGUCCGCCGAUCUGGACGAGCGUGAAAGCACAGACAUCCAGCGUACGAUACGCCAGCUGGCCAGCGAGAAUGAGGAAAUGCGGCGCAAGCUCCAGAUCAGCUGCAAUGGUGAUGAGGACGCUUUCAAGCAGAACGCUCCCCAUCGCAGCGAGUGCAGCACACAGAUGGACCUGAUGGAUCUAAGCGACUUUUCCGAUGCGGCUAGUCAGUGCAGCUUCGAUAGCUUCAUGACUUGCCUGUCGUUUGCCGGCAUCGACACUUCUUCUUCCUCCUGCAGCUCGAUAGUCAACGAAAUUGAUGUGAAUCGCUUCAUCGAUGAGGCGCUCCAGCUGGGCGAGCAGGGGGAAAAGGUGCCGCAACCAAAACAAACUUAACCCAACAAAGACUAAUAUCGGUUCUUUAACCUUUUCAUUCAUUCACUUCAGUUUGUUACUAUAUGUUGAUUAAAAUUUGGAGCCAACACACAUGCGACACUCAA